AUGAGUGGGGAUCUGUUGGAGAUACCCGGGGAGUCGAGGAAUUGGGUGCUGAAGCGACAUCGCGUUCUUGGCAAAGGCGGUUUUGGCUGCGCGACGUUGUAUGAGGAGGUUCAUACACCUGGUAGUUUUGUAGUUGUGAAGGAUAUAAACAUGCAGAUUAUGAAAAAAGAAGAAGAAAUGAAGGCAGUUGAAAUGGAAGUGGCAAUUCUCCGGCGUUCACGCGGACAUCCAAAUAUUGUGCAAUUUUUGGAUUACUACCACGACGGUCAGUUUAUGAUGUACAUUGUCAUGGAAUACUGCGAGGGUGGAGACUUGGCACGGCUUGAGGAACAAAUGCAGUUUCGUGUUUUCCAUCAACCUGAGAGAUUUAUCGCUUCCAUUUUCAUUCAGAUGUUGGUUGGUUUAUAUUAUUUGCAUGUGGAUCAGCUCACACUACACCGCGAUAUUAAACCACAAAAUGUGUUUCUCUGUAGCGAUGGCACAAUUCGUAUCGGUGACUUUGGCGUGUCGACAGUUCUCAAUCAAUACGGCUGUCGCGCGAAGGCGGUAUGUGGCUCCCCGUUUUACAUGGCCCCGGAAUUGUGUGAAGAGAAGGCGUAUGAUGGCAAGGCGGAUCUCUGGAGUCUUGGGGUAAUGAUGUACGAAUUGAUGGUACUGGAGCGACCGUUCAAUGCAAAAUCCAUCCCCGCACUAACGCGGCAAAUCAUACGCGGCGAGUUUAGCCCCAUCCCGCGCGAGCUUCACUACUCCGCUCAACUUGUGGAGAUGGUGGAGUCUUUUCUGCAAACAUCUCCAACCGCGCGGCCAACGCUUCGACGCGCGCUGCGAAGUUCUUACGUACAUAGUCACCUUGACUGCGUUCCAAUUGUUUGCCUUCUCUCGGAUCACUAUGCGCGGCUUUUUGGAGAGGAACUUCUGCAGCAAAUUCUACAGAAACAUGAAGACUCGACAAACACCACACGUCAAACAACUACCGUUGAUAGCAGAAACAGCGCCAGCGUACAGGAGAUGGAGAGGUGCAAAAAUCAUAGCGACUACAGCGACGGUGCAUCGGCACAGCCACGCGCUCAUCAAGAGAUUAGCGAGCUGGAACAGUGGCUGGAGGCGAACGGAAAUGUCAGCGAUGCUUUCAUUGACGCACAGUCGCCCAGAAAUCGUGCCGAUGGACGGCAGCUGUCAAACUCACCAUCGGAUAUCGGCAGAGCGGUGAAAACAGGCCGUGUCUUUUCGGACGACAUUAUGGACGAUUCAAUAUCCAGUGAACAAGGAAAAGGGCAGCAAUCGGAGGAUGAUGAGAGGGAUGAAUUCUACGAGGAUGACUUUGAGAGUGAGAGCAGUGGAUGA